AUCAUUAAUACUAUCUAUAUAUAUUUUUUGAAAUUCUUUUUUUUCGUUUAUAAAUGUAAUGAUAAAAUGGCAACAGAAAAGGAUUUAAUUAAUGCAGUCAGGGAGUCACUUACAGCUGAUGGAAAUUUAGGUCGCAUAAAAGCUGAGAUGCGUACAGAAGUUAUAAAAUUGCUAGAUAAUUCAAACAAAGGAAAUAAAACAAAACUCCCAAAACCACCUUUAGAUAUUAUAUUCUUAAAUGAACUUAUUCGAGAAUAUUUAGAUUGGAUGGGAUACAAAUACAGUUCCACUGUAUUUAUUUCAGAGUGUGAUUUAUCAAAGCAAGCUCUUGAAAGGUCUUUGCUUUUGCAAAGUUUAGGAUUGAAGGAAACUGAGAAUAGUACAAAAUUACCAUUAUUGUGUAAUAUUGUAGAAACAUUUAAAAAUUUAAAAAGUACAUAA